CGCGCUCGGGUUGUCUGGAAAACGCGUGCAGGCGUUCUCGUACCGCAGAGCGGCGCGCAGCCUGGCGGUGCUCAAAGGACAAAGGUCUGUGAGCCCGAGUGGUCACUCUGAAACUACGGCGGUCUGAGGAAAACCAACUAUCACCAAAGAACUGAGGAAUCCCUUUUUAUGAGAUUGGAAUGCCAGCUCUGUGGAUUGUUUGUGAUCUUGGUGUCUUUACGGGCUCCUCUUCAGGCUGUUUCCAGGGAGGAGACUAAGGAUCAGAGUUAGUGGACACAAACUUAUCAAUCACCCCUGCUGUGGACCACUUCUGGAGGUCCAAGAUGCCAACUUCUACAAAGAAGGGAUCUGUAUGCUCCAUGGCCGCUGGACUAAGUGUUGUAAUGGGCAUUCUGCUCACUGGAAGAACGUAGCCAGGAUCUGGGAAGAGAUGAAUGCAGAUCCUAUACUUCAAGAGACCUUAAUUAAAAGAUCGCAGCAAAAGAAACGGAUUUCUCCACUCAACUACAAAGAAAGGCUCUUUGUCUUAACAAAGUCCAGAUUAACAUAUUAUGAAGGUCGUUCUGAGAAAAAACACAAAAAGGGCUCCAUUGAUCUACAAAAAAUCAAGUGUGCAGAAAUUGUGAAGCAUGACAGUAGUCCCAUUCCUUGUCAAAACAAGUAUCCUUUUCAGAUUAUUUAUGAUUGUAAUACCCUGUACAUUUUUGCUCCAAGUGCUGACAGCAGAAACAUGUGGGUGAAAAAGCUCAAAGAAGAAAUAAGAAAUAAUGAAUUAAUAAUGCCAAAAUAUCACCCAAAGUUCUGGACGGAAGGAUCGUGGCAGUGCUGCAGGCAAGCAGACAAACUUGCUCCAGGCUGUGAGGAAUAUAACCUGUUUAGUGAUAUUAGUCGUAAACCACUUCCACCAACACCAGAUGAUAUGUUUAACAAUCUCCCAGGAAGUGGUUGUAAACCUUCAGAUUAUUUAACAGAAGAUAAUGAAGAGGAGGUGGCAGAAGAAGAGGAAGAAGCUGAGCUCAUUCUUGCGAUGUAUGACUUUGAAGCACUAGAGCCCCAUGAUCUAAGUCUGGUUAAGGGUGAAGAAUAUGUACUGUUAACAAAGUCUGAUAUGCAUUGGUGGAGAGCAAAAGAUAAGGAUGGAAAUGAGGGUUACAUACCAAGUAAUUAUGUUACUGAGAAGAAAUCCAGUAAUUUAGAGAAAUAUGAGUGGUAUUGCAAAAAUGCUAAUAGAAGUAAAGCAGAAUAUUUACUAAGAUCUGAGGAUAAAGAGGGAGGGUUUCUUGUGAGAGAUUCCAGCCAGCCUGGGAUGUACACAGUGUCUCUUUACACCAAAUUUGGAGGAGAGGGAUCUAUUCGACAUUACCAUAUAAAGGUAUCUGAGACACCUCACAGACUGUACUAUCUGGCAGAAAAGCAUUUGUUUGAUAAUAUUCCUGAUUUAAUUGAAUAUCAUCAAUACAAUGCAGCAGGUCUUGUCACGAGAUUACGAUAUCCAGUGGGCCGCAAAGGACGAUCGGCACCUAAAACUGCCGGCUUUAGCUAUGAUAAGUGGGAAAUAAAUCCAUCUGAACUAACAUUUAUGAAAGAGUUGGGAAGCGGACAGUUUGGAGUGGUACGCUUAGGGAAAUGGCGAGCUCAACACAAAGUAGCAAUUAAAGCAAUCCGUGAGGAUGCAAUGAGGGAAGAGGAUUUCAUAGAAGAAGCUAAGGUCAUGAUGAAGUUAUCGCAUCCUAAAUUAGUUCAACUGUAUGGAGUUUGCACGCAACAAAAGCCCAUUUAUAUUGUGACUGAAUUUAUGGAACUUGGCUGUCUACUGAACUAUCUCAGACAAAGAAGAGGGCAGCUGAACAAUGAAAUGUUACUGAGCAUCUGUCAGGAUGUGUGCGAAGGCAUGGCAUAUUUGGAAACAAAGAAGUUCAUUCACAGAGAUCUGGCUGCAAGGAACUGUUUGGUGAGUGAAUCACAUGUGGUGAAGGUGUCUGAUUUUGGAAUGACCAGAUACGUCUUGGAUGAUCAGUACACUAGUUCUUCAGGUGCUAAGUUUCCAGUGAAAUGGUCUCCCCCUGAGGUGCUACAUUACUCUAAGUUCAGCAGUAAAUCGGAUGUUUGGUCAUUUGGUGUUCUGAUGUGGGAAGUUUAUAAUGAUGGAAAAAUGCCAUUCGAAACUAAAACAAAUGCAGAGGUAGUUGAAUUCAUUUCAUCUGGCUUUCGAUUAUAUCGACCAAAACAAGCAUCGAAACCUGUUUACGAGAUCAUGAAUCAAUGUUGGCAUGAGAAAGCUGAAGGAAGACCAUGUUUCUCAGAUUUGCUAUUGAUGAUUAAUGAAGUGAUGGAACCUGACUAUUAAAUAGACUUUCAGAUUGCUCUUUUGGAAUUAAGUCAAAAAUCUGCAAAUUCAUUAUUGGAUUAUGACAAGUUAUUUUUGAUGUUUGUCAAAAGUUCAAACAAUCAGUUGAAUGCUUUGUGUAGAUUUAAGACUUUUUAUGGUGAUUAGAAACAAGAAACCAUCUGUUAAAGCAUGAUUAUGAGGCAUAUGCAAUAUUAGCCAUAAGGGUACAUACUUAUUGAGUAAUAGAUCCAUUUUCUGUGAUAAAAUCUCAGCGGAUUCCACCUAGAGUGCAAUACCGAUACCUUUUGUUGAACCUGAUCCUGAAUUCUGAUUUUUUGAGUACUUUUUUUUAUUGACAAUUCCAAAUCAUAAGAGCAACUUUUAAUCCACAUCCUACUGUUCUUGACACUAUACAUAUAAUUAAAACAUCAAAAAUAAUCGUUGAACAAAUUUUAUGAACUUUAAUUCUUUACUUCCUCUGCCUGAGUUGAAUAUUCUAUGAGUGCAAUAGCAUAAAUCUGCAGCAUUAUGCCACACAAUCCUGCUGAAUUACUGAAAACUUACAUAAUCUUUCCCAAUCAUGUUGAAGUUUUGUGUUUUUGUACUAUGUAAGUAGUACUCAUGCAAUUACCGAUGUGAAAGUAACUAUUGAAAAAUUGAGUCCAUAUUAUCUUUCCAUAGAAGUGGCAAUAUAACUGUAAAUAACAGUAGGAAAUAAUAUUGCAAACAAGAGAAAAUCUGCAGAUGCUGGAAAUCCAAGCAACACUCACAAAAUGCUGGAGGAACUCAGCAGGCCGGGCAGCAUCAAUGGAAAAGAGUAAUUUUGAUCUAUAUGCAUGGAAAAAUUAAUCUAGUUUCAGAUAUGUCAACAUUCCUCAACACCUUGGGAAUUUUUUUACAUAACUGGUUGUGAUGGACUUUUUGAUGGAAAAUUUAGUUGACUGAAAGUAUUGACUAUCUGACCUAAGUACAUCAGUCAAACAUUCAGUGGUGUUUGAGAAUAUUUUAAUUCAUGACGUGAAUCAGCACAUUGUAAUCUAAUCAUCUUUACUGAUUGAACUAUCUUUCACAUUUAUUUAAGCAAGGCAAGUUCAUCCUAGAUGUCACAAAUACCAGCAACACCUGGAAUUCAGAUUAGGGGCAGUUUGGGAUUCCAGUUCUUUGGUACAAAGCAAGCAGAAGAAUAUUGAGUAAACACGAGGAAAUCUGCAGAUGCUGGAAAUUCAAACAACACACACAAAAUGCUGGUAGAACACAGCAGGCCAGGCAGCAUCUAUAGGG